GACCCUUACCUACAGCUGCUGCUACUCUCAGCAGCACUCACGCACCGGGGCUAGCUUUGUCAUUCACGCGUUUCGUAGUUUCCAGCCACUGACACCAGUAAAAAUGCGUUUACCAUGGUUUAUCAUCUGUCUAGUUUUCACUGUGUGGUGUGCGGAGGGCAGCGAUGUGCUCGAGCUCGGAGACUCUGACUUUGACCGGAGCGUAGCCUUGCACGAGACUCUGCUAGUGGAGUUCUUCGCACCUUGGUGUGGUCAUUGUCAGCGUCUUGCUCCAGAAUAUGAGGCUGCUGCCACAAAGCUGAAAGGGACAUUGUCUCUGGCAAAGGUUGACUGCACUGCGAACUCUGAGAUCUGUGAACGUUUUGGAGUGAAUGGAUACCCCACCCUUAAAAUAUUCCGCAAUGGAGAGGAUGCUGGAUCGUAUGAUGGACCCAGAACAGCAGAUGGAAUUGUGAGCUACAUGAAGAAGCAAGCAGGCCCAAGUUCCGUGGCUCUGCACAAUGAGGCAGAUUUGGAUUAUUUUACCAACAACUAUGAGGCCAGUGUGGUGGGCUUUUUCUCUGGGGAAGAUAGUGCACAGCUUGCAGAGUUUCUGAAGGUCUCUGGUGCCCUGAGGGACAGCUAUCGAUUUGCACAUUCCACUGAUAUGGGAUUGAGCUUGAAAUAUGGGGUAGAUGGAGAGUGUGUUCUGCUGUUUCGUCCCCCUCGUUUAAACAGCAAGUUUGAGGACAAUGUGGUGAAAUACACAGAAUCCGUUUCGAUUUCUUCUCUCCGUACAUUCAUCAGAGACAAUGUAUUUGGUCUAUGUCCACAUCUGACCACAGAAAAUAGGGACAGUCUGAAAGGAAGUGACCUGCUUACAGCGUAUUACAAUGUAGAUUAUGUGCGAAAUAUCAAAGGCACAAACUACUGGAGGAACAGAAUAAUGAAGGUGGCAACCCAGUUCCAGGCUCAAGGUCUGAGUUUUGCGGUGGCUGAUCGACAGGAGUUCCAGGAUGAGCUUGAGGAGGAGUUUGGUGUGAGUUCGGUUGAGGGAGGAGACAUUCCCCUCGUCACCAUCCGGACCAGAGCGGGACACAAGUACUCCAUGCAGGAAGAAUUCACGCGAGAUGGCAAGUCCUUGGAGAGGUUCCUGGAGGAUUACUUUGCUAAAAGAUUGAAACGAUAUGUGAAGUCUGAAGCUGUUCCAGAGUCCAACGAUGACUUUGUCAAGGUCGUGGUUGCUGACACAUUUGAUGAGAUUGUGAAUGAUCCAGAAAAGGAUGUGUUGGUUGAAUUUUACGCUCCCUGGUGUGGCCAUUGCAAGAGCCUGGAGCCUAAGUACAAGGAGCUUGGAGAAAAGCUGUCCGGGGACCCCAACAUUGUCAUUGCUAAAAUGGACGCCACAGCUAAUGAUGUGCCCCCAAAUUAUGAUGUCCAAGGAUUUCCAACCAUUUACUUUGUGCCCUCUGGACAAAAAGACCAGCCACAGCGAUAUGAGGGUGGUCGUGAGGUUAGUGACUUCAUCACCUACCUGAAGAAAGAGGCCACACAUCCGCUCAUCUUGGAUGAAUCAAGGGAUGAACUGUAAACACAUAAAGAUGCUGAAUUUAUCAGGUGGAGAAAUGCACAGACCCACACUGAACUUCAGCCAGAUGUGUCACACGCAGCUAUUCAUCACAUCCACUGGGACAUCAAAGCACAUGAUCACUUGUAAAAGCAAUUCAUCACUUGUAAAAUGUUAGUCAAUACACAACUGGACACAUAAGGAAUGUAAUUUACAGUAAUUAUAUAGGUAAAGGGUUAGUUCACCCAAAAAUGAUAAUUCUCACUGUCAUGCCAUUUUAAACCCGUAAGACUUUCAUUCAUCUUCAGAACAUAAAUGAAGUUAUUUUAAAUGAAAUCUGAUUGAUUUCUCUCCCUCCAUUGACAGCUAAGCAACAACCACAUUGACUCAAGUUUAAUUCAGUUUUUUUUUUUAAGAGACAUGAUUUCUUUGUGUUGAACAGAAAUAAUUUAGGGUUUAAUUCACAUAUAAACAUUGAUCAAUGCACACAUCAGUUGUGGUAAACCAAAGCUCAUUUCAUGUUUCAAUCUCAAUGUCGCUUCAGAAAACAUAGUUUUACAAUCAGAAGGCUUAGUUUUACAAUCUCUAUGAACUUUUUGACAGGGUAGUUGUGUGGACUGUCAAUGUAGGGACAGAAAUCGCUCAUGUUUUACUAAAAAAAAAUCUUGAUUUGUGUUCCGAAGAUGAACGAAAGUCGUACAGGUUUGGAACUACAUGAGGGAGAGUAAAUGAUUUUUGGGUAAACUAACCCUUUAAAAUGCUGUAUUUGAUUCUGUUAUUUAACAAUCUGCUGCCAAGUUGCCCUCGUUUUCUUUUAUUCUGUCUUUUAUAACAAAAUGCACUGCAUAUGUGAAAUAUGCUAAUUUCCUGUCUCUUUAUUUAAAGAGAGACUGUUUAUAGGUCACUUAUCACAUACAUGUUACUGUAGCAUCCUAAAGUGUUCCAUUGACUGAAUGCUCAGUGCUGGCUUGUUUAGUUUACAAAAUGUUAAAAAUGUUACUGUGUUGGUACUUUAAUUACAUAAUCUCUUCAUAGUCCAUUCAGAUAUUACUAUAAAACUUUGUUUCAAGUCUAUUGGAUGUUAGAAAUUCUGUAAGCAGUUGAUGACUGUGAAAUAACAGUCUGAAAAGAAUUGGGGUGCCUGUUCUACCUCCUUAUGUCUUAUCAAAUUAAACUUCUGUAAGGGCUCAUUUUGGAUCGCAUCUUCUAUCCACACAUGUGAGGACAUGGGAUGUUAACAACUGUUCCCAGGCUAGUAAUCCUUUAGAAGUUUGACAUGUAUUUCUUGGACUGUUUAUGUAAUCACGAAGGGGAGUGUUUUGUGUUCGACACAAUAAAGAAAUGGACAAGA